UUGAGUUUUAUGUGGUUACAACUUAAUUGUCAAAUGAAAGCUAUGGAUACGGACAACGAUAGCCCUUGGGGCACGCAGAAAUCGUACAUAGUGAUAUUUAUUUGUCACUUCCUUGGAAUAACAAACAUAAGCACAAUGCCAAAUGACGCCCUGUUACAAGGUGCUUUCGGAUUCUCAAUAGUCCUGAUGAUAGUUUACAUCAUCAUGGGCAUACCAUUGCUCUACGUGGAGUCCAUAGUCGGUCAGUUUACAUCAAGAGAUUGCAUAGACGUCUGGAGGAUUCGACCGUGCCUAUCUUUCAUAGGAUAUCUUUUAAUUAUUUGGCAAGCAUUCACACUUAUUUAUAAUCAUAUUGUAUCAGCGUUUUUAUUGCAUUAUUUCUUAAUAAGCUUUGAAACGCCCAUACCAUUUUAUACAUGCGGAUUAUGGAGCACAAAAUUUUGCAAUACCCUUGUCAGUAACUACACAGUGAACCUAGAUUGUGUGAAGAACCAGAAUAUAUUCCCUUACUGCGAUCAUUUAUAUAAAACAUUUCCAGAAUACCAAUAUUGGAGACUGAAUUUGGUCCAAUCCGGGCAUAAAUGUAAUUUUUGUAUAGCCUGGAGAGUAUGCCUAGCUUCGGGGCUAAACUGUAUCGCCAUUUUCCUAAGCUGCUUUAAAAGAUCCAAGUCACUGAAGUGGGUUAUCAAUAUUUUCUUUGGAUUUCCAAUAUUAACACUAGCGAUACUCCUGAUGGGUUCCAUGCGGCAACAAGGGUUAGUGGCGAAAUAUGAGGAUGCGAUUGAUAUAGAUUUUACAAUUUUUGCUCACAAUUUUCGCUUUUCAAGUGUCAUACAGAAUGUUAUGUUCAAUUUGGGUAUCGGAUCGGGGCUGACCUUUAACCUCGCAUCGAGUGCACCUUUCCGGUCGCCAAGCUUCUCGAAUACUGUUGUAACAGUUAUGACAUGCGCGGUUUACACAAUUAUUGUCAUAUUUACAAUGGCUAUGGUUACCUGCCCGUAUGCUUUCAAAUACGGUCCCGAUGCUGGUGACAUAAUCAGAACUCACAUGUCAUUUGCGUUUGAGAAGAUACCGAGAUUAAUUUAUGAAUAUCAGGACAAAAUGUUUUAUCUUAUUAUAAUUUAUACCUGCUUUUUUAUCAUAGCUAUCAAUUCCAACUUUGUGUUAUUUUAUAAUUUACUUGAGGUUAUAUUCAAAAGGAACCCGAAACUGGCGAAGUAUCCAGGCUUAACUGUUUUCUGUGCGUCUCUUAUGCUCUAUAUACUGACAAUCCCAUUAUUAAGUUAUGUUGGUGUUAAUUUAUUAGCGUACAGUUUUAAACGACAUUUAACUCUUAUAUCGACAUUUGUGGGUGUCUUGGAAUGUGUAACUUUUGUUUUUUGGUACGGCAUGAACAGAUUUUCGGAAGACAUAAAUUUCAUGGUCGGUAUUCGACCAAACAGCUUCAUGAAGGUUGGAUGGGGUUUGAGCAUUUUAUUCUUGAUAUACUCGUUUUGCUACGAAGUACAUGAUCAUUUAGAAAACUCUAAAAAAUUUAUAUAUUCUACGUAUACCGUUUUAGUUUUUUCUGGUCUAAUUGUAAUUGUAACAGUUGUGAGAUUAGUUAUUGCUGCAAUAAAACGGAGAUUUCGCGAAUUUAUAGCACUGGAUAAGACAUGGGGACCGAAGGACGAAAUCUUACAAAGAAGCAGAGGAAUGUUUUCCGCACAGGCUAUGACCAAGGAGUAUAUAUACCGCCAAUAUCACCUUCAAGCCGGUAUAUUGCACAGACAAAGAAGGUCAAAUAUAAGGUCUCCUUUACGCUAAAUAAUCAGAAGUGUUCAUAUUAUCCAUGUCAUAUUAUCAAUAAUUCAUCCAAAAUAUUUUCCAUUGUUUUAUUGUGAUGACAUAAUAAUAUUUUAUAUUUAUAGAAAUUGUAAAUAGUUCUUUACAUUAACGUGAAUAAUAGAGUACCUACUAGUGUGACUCAUUCUAUUAAUACAUAUGCCGCUUGUAUAUAAUUGAAUUAUUUAUUAUAUCAUAAAAUUUAUAAUGUAUGACUCAUCGCCGAAAAUAUUUUAACGCUACAUUAAUAUUAAUACAAUUAGGAUGUUUUUUUUAGCUAAUAACCAACCAUAACGAUAAAGUCAAACUUGUUACGACAAAAAUUCAUAGUUUAUUUUUUGUAUCAACAUAGAAAACUGGUAUAAAAGCUUGCUUCUUAACUAUAUUAUGAUGGAUUUAAAUAUUCAUUUGCAAAAAUUGUAUAACGAAUAAAAAAAAAUUUUUCUUCUUGAAGUUUUAUUUCAAUAGUUUUUUUUCCCUUAAAUUAAUAUUAUGAGGUUCAUUAUCUUGGCAUUCUCGGAAGCUAUAAAAAAGAAAGUUAACAGUUUCCGCCUCAGCAGCACCUAGUCAGUCAUCUGACAUUCGUAAAGGAGAAGAAAUAGAUUUAUUUUAAAUAAAAAAAGUGGCGCGCCAAGCUGUCUGCUCACACAGCGA